GUGAAGCGUGCCGCUGCAAGUUACGGACAGAGUGCGGCAGAGCAAGAAACCCGCACAGCCAUGAACAUCUUUCGGUUUUGCGGCGACAUGCUGCAUUUGACCAGCAUCAUGCUUCUGGUCUUCAAGCUCCACCGUAGCAAGAGCUGCGUCGGCGUCUCGUGCCGAAUGCAGGAGAUGUAUGCCUUGGUCUUCAUCUUCCGCUAUCUUGACCUGCUCUGGAGCUUCAUCUCUGUAUACAACACCGUCAUGAAGAUCACGUACAUCACAACGACCUGUUACCUGAUCUACCUGAUGCGGUACAAGACACCAGUUUGCCAGACCUAUGAAAGGAGCACAGAUUCGUUCCAGUACGAAAUCUACCUCUUGGGGCCCUGCGUUUUGCUGGGCCUGAUCUGCGCAGAGGAGUACACUAUCCCGGAUAUCUUGUGGUCCUCGUCGAUCUGGCUGGAAAGUGUUUCCAUCAUCCCGCAGCUCGUGCUGCUCCAGCAGAUACGAGAGGUCGAGAACCUCACCUCAGAUUUUGUGGGCUGCAUGGGAGCUUAUCGUGCUUUCUACAUUCUGAACUGGAUCUACCGGUACUUUGCAGAGGACUACGUGAACAUCGUCGGGUGGAUCGGCGGACUGGUCCAAACGGGCCUCUAUUGCGACUUCUUCUACUACUAUGCAAAAAGCAAAUGGUACGGCAGCAAGCUUGUCCUCCCCGUUGCUAGCUGA